AUGGCGACCAGCUCAAAACCCACCGCGCCCGUGGACCCCGAGGUCGUGCUCGCCCACGAGUUCCCCGAGGUGUCCUUCGACUACGACGAGAGGGAUGUAGCGCUGUACGCGCUCGGGGUUGGCGCCUGCGGCGAUGACGCCGUCGACGAGAAGGAGCUCCACUUCGUGUACCACAGGGACGGGCAGCCAAACAUCAAGGUCCUUCCUACUUUUGUUUCUUUAUUCCCCAACAAGAACAGCAAUGGGCUUGGAUUUGUUGAUGUGCCUGGCCUUAACUUUGAUGCAAGCCUUCUACUGCAUGGUCAACAAUACAUAGAGAUCUAUAGGCCAAUCCCUUCGUAUGCCAGUGUUGUAAACAAGGUUCAAGUAGCUGGUUUGCACGACAAAGGGAAAGCAACUGUUCUUGAGCUCGAAACUACCACAAGCCUCAAAGAGUCCGGCGAAAUUUUAUGCAUGAACAGGAGUACUAUCUACUUGCGUGGUGCUGGAGGGUUUUCAGACUCUUCGCGACCAUUCUCAUAUGCUACUUAUCCUGCUAAUCAAGUUUCUCGCAUUUCUAUUCCCAAUUCGGCACCUUCUGCAGUACAUGAUGACCAAACAAAGCAAUCCCAGGCAUUAUUAUACAGGCUAUCUGGGGAUUACAAUCCUUUGCAUUCAGACCCUGAUAUUGCACAGCUUGCCGGGUUCACUCGUCCAAUCCUGCACGGUCUCUGCACCCUAGGAUUCGCUGCUCGCGCGGUCAUAAAAUCUUUCUGCUACGGUGAACCGACGGCAGUGAAGGGCAUCUUCGGCCGGUUCCUUCUGCACGUCUACCCCGGGGAAACGUUAUCCACCGAAAUGUGGCUUGACGGCCAGAAGGUGCACUACCAAACGAAGGUGAAGGAGCGGAACCGUGCCGUGCUCUCUGGAUACGUGUUGCUCCAACACAUUCCCUCAUCAUUAGCUGAAACGGAGGACCAGACGAACGUCCACGACGUGGAACCUGCAGGCUGUGGCGCCAACGCUGAAGAAACAGGGCUCGGAGACGCGCGUGGGCAGCGCAGCCUAGUGUAG